UUUCCGUAGUACUGAUGUAAUAUUUUUCCCGGAUAAGGAGUGCUAAACCCUCUUGACUCGAUUCGUGUUCUUCUUCACUUGCUCCUUGCCAAUUACUUCUCAUUCAUUGGUAAUGGCCACUCCGGCUCCGCCGCUCGCCACUCGGUCUUUUUUCUCCUCUAUUGGAAGCAGAGGCUUUCCAUUCUCACUCCGUCUUGACUUCACCGGCGGAAUCUCCGGUCAGAGCUACAGAGCGAAUACAAGGCCGGGGAUACCCUACAUCGAGGCGAAGGCCUCGACCAGGAGAGAGAACCGUGCCGCCCGUCACGAACGGGUUAGGAAGAAGGUCCAUGGUACGCCUGAGAGGCCAAGGAUGUGUGUUUUCCGUUCAAACAAGCACCUUUAUGUCCAAGUAAUUGAUGAUACAAAAAUGCAUACUCUAGCUGCAGCCUCAACCAUGCAAAAGCCAGUGACAGAAGAAGUUGAUUUCUCUUCUGGACCUACAAUUGAAGUGGCAGUGAAGGUGGGUGAAGCGAUCGCUAAGUCAUGCUUAGAGAAAGGAAUCACAAAAGUUGCUUUUGAUCGAGGUGGGUACCAAUAUCAUGGACGCGUAAAAGCCCUUGCUGAUGCUGCUCGGGAUCAUGGUCUUUUAUUCUGAUGACUUCCAUUCCGGUAAACUUGUAAAAUUCCUUUUUUGUUGUUAUUUACUUGGACAUUGAUUCGAACCAAGGACGUCAUUCCCAUUUUGGAAAUCCAUAACAUUAAAAUUUCAAGUAUGAGUUUAUUU